AUGAACGAUUUUAACCAAGACGAGAAAAAAUCAAACAGAAUGAAAUACAAGAAAACAAGAUAUAUCACAUGUUGCGACAUAAGCAUUGUUAUAGUUUUGAUACAUUUUUGUCACCUGGUUUAUUUCGUAAGAAUUCGUUUGACAUCAUUAAAUAGGGCGUUACAAAAGGAAGCUAAAUCAGCUGAGCAGCUGAAGCUGAAACACGUGGAAGAUAUAAAGUUUGUACCGUCAGUGGUGGCGAAUGAUGUAGUACCGAAAAAUGCAAGGUUUAGGGGUAACUUUUUAGGUAGCACAGGGAAGCUUUUUAAAAAAAUUAAUACGGCUGAUAAAAUUAAAUCGUACAGUCAAGCUUAUGAGAAGCUUUGGGAGGCAGUAGAUCAUUUAAACGAAUAUGUAGGAUUUGGAAUAAUUAGCUGGAAAACCAUCAAUUUCGUGUGCGAAAUCCUCUCAUUCACGAAGGACGAUGACACUAGAUCGGCUUUAUCAGUUUUUGCCAUGCAGCUAUCCUAUUGUAAAAUACGAUUUCACAUGUGUGGACUUGUCAUAAUUGAGAGAUCACUAAUUACAGCUGUAAGUUUUUUUAUCUUCAAUCGGUCUAAGUUCUAG